GGCCAGUCUCGCGCUCAUCGGCUGUCAGCGGCAGCACACACACACGCGCGCACACACGACACGAGUCUGAACUCCGCGUCUCUUUGUCCGCGAUUAUCGCGUUCUCAUCAUGACACACAGGUGAUCUUCAGUCCCGGUGCUUCUGGGUGUCCAGGUCAGUGUGGUGAGAGCGAGCACAAGAGAGCGGGAAAGGGGAAGGGAUUACCCAGGGUCACAGCGCCCAGAGUCUGAAGGAGAGCAGCAGUUUUCCAGGCAGGACUGAAGAUCAGGAUGGAGAAGGAAGACCUGAAGAUUGUCAACAAGGGUUUGGAGGAUGAGAUGGAGUUGAGUGGAUAUCGGCUGUGCCGAUGGAAGCUGGCUCUGGUGGCGGUCGUGGGUCUCUGUACGGGAGGUUUUCUCUUCCUGCUGCUCUAUUGGAUGCCUGAAUGGUGCGUGAAGGCCACAUGCACGCGGACCGUCGUCAGAGACGCAGAGGUCGCCCUUUUACGAAGCACUGACGAGUUUAAACGCUGGUUUCGAGCGAGGGUUCGGGUCAUGCAGGCCCCUGGGAAGAACCCUUUCGACAGCCUGGUACCUCAGACCGCCUCCCGUCAGGCCAAUGACCACGCCCAUAACACCUCUGACUCCGCCCCUGAUAAAAUCACCAGGAACACGGAGGACCAGCAUGCACAGGUACCGCAGAUCCGCUAUUUUACCCUCCACAGUACUAAAUACUUUUGGAACGACACCAUCCAGAAUUUUGAAGUGUUGAAGGGCCUGGAGGAUCUGGGCAUGACCUGCUCAUCCGUUCACUUAAAGCACAGCGCUGGACUCUGUAAAAACCAGCAGGAGUUCAGGAGAUUUUUUUUCGGACUGAAUGAAAUUGACGUGAAAGUGCCGUCUCUUUUCAAGCUGCUAAUUAAGGAGGUCCUCAAUCCUUUCUACAUCUUCCAGCUCUUCAGUGUGAUCCUCUGGUGUACUGAUGAAUAUUAUUACUACGCAAUGGCCAUCGUCAUCAUGUCAUUCAUAUCAAUAGCUACCUCUCUCUACACUAUUAAAAAGCAAUAUGUAAUGCUACACGACAUGGUAGCAGCGCACAGUACUGUUCGAGUGACCAUCUCCAGGGGCGAUAACGAAACGGAGGAGGCCCUCUCCACAGACCUGGUUCCCGGUGAUGUCAUCGUUAUCCCCAGUAACGGGACCAUCAUGCCCUGUGACGCAGUGCUGAUCUGUGGAACCUGCAUUGUUAAUGAGAGCAUGCUCACAGGUGAGAGUGUUCCAGUCACAAAGACAGACCUUCCAAACCCGGAGCAGGACAAGAGGGGUGGUGAUGGAGACUCAAUCUACAGCACAGAGGAACACAAGAGACACACGCUGUUCUGCGGCACUAACGUCAUCCAGACCCGCUACUACACAGGAGAACUGGUCAAAGCCGUGGUGGUCCGGACCGGUUUCAGCACUGCUAAAGGUCAGCUCAUCCGGUCGAUACUGUACCCCAAACCCACCGACUUCAAACUGUACAGGGAUGCGUACCUGUUCCUGCUGUGCCUGGUGGCCGUGGCCAGCAUCGUCUUUAUCUAUUCGUUGGUCAUAAAGAUCAUUAACCAGGAACCAGUUAAGGAGAUCAUUAUCAAGUCUCUGGACAUCAUCACCAUCACCGUGCCCCCUGCGCUGCCGGCAGCCAUGACAGCGGGUAUUGUCUACGCUCAACGGCGCCUCAAGAGAGUUGGGAUAUUCUCCAUCAGUCCACAGAGAAUCAACAUCUGCGGUCAGCUGAACCUGGUGUGCUUUGACAAGACAGGCACCCUCACAGAAGAUGGCCUGGACAUGUGGGGAAUUCAGAGGGCAGAAGACGGCAGAUUCCAUCUUUCAGAGGAAAAAGCAGACAACAAAAGCUUAGUGACGACCAAGUUUGUGUCCUGCAUGGCCACCUGUCACUCCCUCACUAAGAUCGAGGGUCUGCUCUCCGGAGAUCCACUGGACCUCAAGAUGUUCGAGGCCACGGGCUGGAUCCUGGUGGAAGCCACAGAAGAGGAGACGGCUCAUCACGACCGCAUCGAGCUCACUUACGUGAAACCACCCAAUCAGCUGCUUCCGCCAGCGGUGAUAUCACCAGAGCAGGACAUGGAGCUGUCUGAACUCUACGAGCUGUCGGCAUCAUAUAUGAUCGGUAUUGUGCGGCAGUUCUCGUUCUCCUCCGCCCUGCAGAGGAUGAGUGUGGUCGUUCGUCAGAUUGGAGAGAGACGCAUGGAUGCGUACCUGAAAGGAGCACCGGAGGUCGUGGCAAGCCUGUGCAAGAAAGAGACCGUACCAGAGGAUUUCGCAGAGGUUCUGGAGGACUACACCAAACAGGGCUUCCGGGUCAUCGCGCUGGCACACCGACGGCUAGAAUCCAAACUCACCUUUCACAAAGUGCAGAACAUCAACAGGGAUCAAAUAGAGAAGAAUAUGGAUUUUCUGGGCUUAAUUAUCAUGCAGAAUAAACUGAAAACAGAGACUCCGGGUGCACUGGAAGAGCUACGACGUGCUAACAUACGCACCGUCAUGGUCACAGGUGACAACAUAUUGACGGCUAUCUCUGUGGCUCGAGACUGUGGCAUGAUUCAGCCACAAGACAGAGUCAUUAUUGCCGACGCUCUGCCCCCUAGAGAUGGCCAGGCUGCCAAGAUCAACUGGCACUAUGCCGAUAAACCCAGCAAACACCUGAACAAGACUACCAAACUAGAGGAGAUGGAGAUUAUCAUGGAGGAUGGACAUGCUGUGGAUGAUGAGAGACUGCAGGAACAGUAUCACUUCGCCAUGAGCGGGAAAUCAUUUGCUGUAAUUGCAGACCAUUUCCAGGAUCUGCUGCAGAAGCUGGUGCUUCAUGGGACCGUAUUUGCGAGGAUGGCACCUGACCAGAAGACUCAACUUGUUGAGACAUUAGAAAGUGUAGACUACUUUGUGGGAAUGUGUGGUGAUGGUGCGAACGACUGUGGGGCAUUGAAGAGAGCUCAUGCUGGAAUCUCCCUGUCGGAGCUGGAGGCUUCAGUGGCGUCUCCGUUUACCUCCACGACUCCCAGCAUCUCCUGUGUGCCCAAUCUGAUCAGGGAGGGCAGAGCGGCUCUCGUCACCUCAUUCUGUGUCUUUAAGUUCAUGGCGUUGUACAGUAUUAUCCAGUGCCUCAGUGUCGCCCUGCUGUACUCCAUCGGCAGUAACCUUGGAGAUUUUCAGUUUCUCUUCAUUGAUAUAGCGAUCAUUCUUCUGAUUGUUUUCACCAUGAGUCUGAACUCGGCGUGGAAGGAGCUGGUGGCCCGGCGACCUCCCUCUGGACUCGUCUCGGGUCCUCUUCUCUUCUCCGUUCUCACACAGAUUGUCAUUUGUCUGGGUUUCCAGAUCAUGUCCUUCCUCUUGAUCCAAAAUCUAGACUGGUACUUGAACUCCGAUUUCUACAACUGCUCUGCUCCCAUUCACGCUGAGAACGCCACAGAGAGUGAAGAAAACAUCAUGAACGAUGUGAAUACCUCGCUGUUCUUCAUCUCCUCCUUCCAGUACCUCAUCGUUGCCAUCGUCUUCUCCAAAGGAAAACCUUUCCGUCAGCCCAGCUAUAAGAACUGGCCAUUCGUCCUCUCCUCUCUCAUUCUCAUCGCUUUCCUGUUUUUCAUCAUGUUCGUUCCCAUCUCUGGCAUCUAUCAGUUUUUAGAGAUUGUGUGCAUUCCUUUGAACUGGCGGGUGACUCUGGUGCUAAUCGUGCUAAGCAACUUCAUAGUGUCUUUCUUCAUUGAGACCGUCGUGCUUGACGUCAUCUUAUGGAAGCAUGUGUUCAGCCGAGACAAGCAGGGCAGCUAUGGCGUCUCCCCUGCAGGCCCGACACCACAGGGUGGAAUAGACUCGUAUGGAUCUAAAUGCCUCUCUUGUCUGUGCUGCCGGCGGAGGAGAACACCCAAGGCUCGGUACAUGCACCUGGCCCAAGAGCUGAGCGUGGAUCCCGACUGGCCUCCCAAACCUAAGAGCACUACUGAAGCCAAACCCGCCUCUCAUGCGGACAAAUGUUCUUACCAGAUCGAGGAUGUUUCCUAGCAUUUACACGCACACCCUAUUCUGCACACCCAAAGGCUUUUUGUUGAAAGAGACACCACAACACAAACCUGCGAGAAAGAGAGUUUGAAAUGACACCUCACUGAGUUUUGUUGCUCUUCUUUUAAUGGGCGGGGUUCACAGGCUGGGAACUGUGUUUGCCCCGCCCCAAUGCUCCCUUAAGACAUAACACAGACGUAAGAAUUGGAUCAAGUCGUUAUUUCCAGAUGUGGAUCUUUCAUGGACCUGGUGGGUUUGUUUCGAUGCUUCUCUGAUCAGUUUCGGCUGUGGAGUGGAGGACCACAAGCGUUAGGAUCCUGUCGUUGUAAUACUGGCUCUAAGGCUGCACGCUGUCGCUAUGGAAACCAUCACCGCAGUCUUCAUGUGCAACAUACCAAACUGUAAUGGAUCACAACAUUUCAGCCCAUUUUGAUGAAUAAAUCAACAUUAUAUAUUUAUAUAAAUAUAUAAUGCGACAAUUAUUUUCUUUUCAUAUUUCUUCCCAUGGAAGAACCGCGGCGGGAUUCAGUUGCGUCAGGCCAAACGUUGUGUUCACUUCUCUCGGCGCAGUUGCUGGCGACAGGUUUUGAUUUGUUACAUCCUGAAACUCUAUCGGCAUAAUCAUACUUGCAAUUUAGAUUAUACUUUACAUUAGUGUUUAUGUUUUUACAUUAUAUUUGCUAGUGAAUUGAAAUAGUAAUAACAUGUUGUACGUGUAUAUUUACACUAAUGUAAAGUUUUAAAGGGAUCGUUCACCCAAAAAUGAAAAUGCUGUCAUCAUUUACUCACCCUCAUGCCAACACAGAUGUGACUGACUUUAAAGCACAAAGCUCCAAAAAGCACAUAAAGGCAGCUUAAAAGUAAUCCAAAAGACCCAAUAAUCCAUUUCUUCAGAAUAAUAGGUGUGGGUGAAAAAAUUGUUACGUUUGACUGUAAAUCUACACUUUCACUUUCACUUCCACAUUCAGGUAGUUGGGGCUGGUCGGGGUGGAGACUGAUAGUGAAAAGGGACUUAAAUAUUGAUCUGUUUCUCACCCACACCUAUCAUAUCACUUCAGAAGACAUGGAUUAAACCACUGGAGUCUUAUGGAUUACUUUUAUGCUGCAUUUAUGUGCUUUAUGGAGCUGUCAAAGUUCUGGUCACCAUUCACUUGCAUUGUAUGAACCUACAGAGCUGAAAUAUUCUUCUGAAAAUCUUAAUUUGUGUUCUGCAGAAGAAAGUCAGUCACAUCUGGGACGGCAUGAGGGUGAGUAAAUGAUGACCAAAUUGUAAUUUUUGGGUGUACUGUCCCUUUAAUGAAAUUGAGCUUUGACACUGGCUUAACUAAAACAUAUAAUACGCACAUUUAAAUAUAAACACGUUUAUAUAAGACAUCAGCAAACACAAAUUAGGCCAACAAGUCUUUAAAGCACUCGUUCUGACCGAAAAAUACUUUGGGGUUCAUCCUUAUCAGUGUUGGGGAAGUUACUCAAACAUACAAAUGAAUUGUAAUCAGAUUACUGACUUUACUGAUUACUAUUAAAAACAUUACUAAUUACUUUUGUUACUUUAGUUUAACAGUAACUAUAGCUUGUUUAUUGACUCGUUAACCCUUCAGCUGUCACAGAAACAAACACAUUUAUUCAUUAAUUCAUGUUGUAAAUGGAUUUCCUACAUUAAAAUAAUGACCUUUAAUUACAUGUUACACAUAUUUGUCAACUAUCGUUAAAGUCAGAGUAGAAUAAUGUGAAAUGUAAUGCUCUGCACUACUUUAAAAAGUAAUUAAUUACAGUAAUUGGAUAACACCCAACACUGAUGUAUGGAAUGCCUUUAUUCCCUGAUGUCCGGUACAUUGACCGCCUUAAACGUUUCUGGAGCGCAAGUCGUUUUUUUAUCUUACUGGCCAGUUCGUUUAACUUCUGAUCGUUCUUUUGUUUAACUGUAAAGCUGCGUUCACACGGACCGCUGCAUGUUGCCAGUGGCUAGCGGUUUGGUCGCUAGUGGUGUGUGCCGAGCGUCUAAACAGCCGUUUCUUUAUAAUUAAUAUUAUUAUUAAAACAUUAGGAUCACAUGCGCUCUACCGUCUGCUCUCGUAUUGGCUGUUGCUCCCGAAAGUCGCUCUUCAUUUGCAUAAAGUUAAACAUUUCUCAACUUUGUGGCGUCAGUGGACACGCCCACAUCCGGUCGCCGUUGCCGGAAGUCGCCAGCUCUCAUUGACCAUGAGUGAGAUGAGGUCAUUGUGUCGCUGGCAGUGUGAACGCAGCUUGAGAUUCAAGCACUUAACCAACACGCACUAAUCGCACUUAAUACCGCACUUAACGCGCGGUCUCUCUCUUCUGCGCUAGCGUCUUUACUCCAGCCGCUGGAAGAACUUGGCAGUCCUGCAGAUGUUGUUAAGUGUCUCGUUUGUAAGUCGCUCUGGAUAAAAGUGUCUGCUAAAUGACUUCAUGUAAAGAUUCACGUGAGGGCUGUUGUGCAUCCGCUGUGAUCUUAUAAAAACAUUGUUCAAAUUUUGCAGGUCACGUCAGCACAACGGCAGGUCCCGCUCAAAGUGAGCCAGUAAUCGGUAUUACUCUGUCACUCGUGAUUUAUUAAUGGGUUUGAGAGGAAAACCAUGUUUUUUGUUUUCAUACUAAAUAGCUGAAGGUUUGAAAUCAAUAGCAGACAAGCUCCUCCCCUUCUGUCAGAUGUGGUUUAUUUGCGUAAUGUAUCGCAGUCCAUCUGUCCUCAACAUGCCAGCCUGUUGCAUGAAUGUUAUUCCUAAAAUGUUUUUCCAUUUUAAUUUUAAAUGUGUCGUUCCUGAAAUGAACCACUCAGAAAUAUCAGGUAAUGUGACCCAUCUGUUCUCUUACAUCGAUGUACGUUUGUUCAUUUGUUGCAUGUUUUCUCAUGCAUCCAUUAUAAGUGUAUUAAAGAUACCUUGAUACAUCAGAAGCAAAGGAGCAUGAUGUCGUGUUUCACCGCUACAGUGCAAAACACCAUUUCUAUUAUAAACUCUUCCAAGAUGAAACUGAUACAGUAACUGUAAUCUCAUGCAUCUGUUCACACCAAGUGUGCCGCACAAGCCCUCAAAAGUGAUGCCAAAACGUCUCGAUCGCCCCCCGGUGGCUGGUCCUAGUAUAGGUCAUAAGCCCCGCCUCCCCAUGUUAUUCAACGGGACGUGAGACCAACUAAACAAUUCAAUUACACUUCACAUAUCUUUUUUCCAAAGAUAGUUUCUGUCAUUUACUGUCGUUUCUAUCACGUUGAUGUCAUUUCAAGUGUUUGUUUUCAAAAUAAGUUUGUUUUUAGUUAUUUGAUGCUAUAAAAACGCUGCUGUGACAUCAUGAUUGACAGCUGUGAUUGACAGGUUCUCUGAGCGAAGUAGUCACUGAAGCACCAACUGACUUUUUUUCGGGAUCUUCGGAGGACUGAGGAGAUUGGAGCUUUAAAUUUAAUAUCUAAAUUUCUAUAAUUAAUUAUUUCACACCGUCAAAAGUCAAAAGUGCAGGGGCGUGUGCUUGCGAUUGAUUCAGCGAGAGUGAGGGCGGGGCCUUGAUUUCACGGCUUUACUUCCUGUUCACUACUGCGCAGGUCUGGUCCCGAAAUCGCAACUGCGCAGACUCAAGUCCCAAGAUGUCAGCGCCAUAUCGGGACACUGGCGGCUUCAGUUCUCACCAAUGGAAAAGAGCGAAGGGGCGUCGGCCAUCUUUUUUUACAGUCUAUGGUUCAGACACAUGUACAUGUAAAUGCAAGUUGUUUCACUUUCUGGGGCAGUUUAAUUUGAAUAUAAGGGCUGAAUCUGUCUCUCUGUGUCUUUCUGUAUGUUGGUACUGUUUGACAUUUGAAUGGUUCUGAUCAUUGAUCUGUUCUAUUAUAAAUGAUCCUGUUUUAUAAACCGGUAUGUCCUUAAUGAGCGUGAAUGCAGCUCUGAGUGCUUCUGGGGGAUUGUGAAAUGUUAAAUUAUUGUCUUUUGUAAUGAUCGACUCUGCUGACAUACUGGAUGACCCUCUUGAGCGCUUAAAUACAGGAGAUUGAUCCUCUGAUGUCAUGAAUGUGCAGCUCAUUGGGAGUGUCACAUGAUGUCGUGUUCUGCAUGUUGUGUUCAUGUUCAUGUGAUGAUGGACAUUUGCAGGUGUUAUUAAACAUGACAGAAGCACGAGUUCAGCCGCUGGACUGGUUUAAUUUCCUCAGGGAAAUGUGUGUAUUUGUAAUGAUUACUGCUGAAUAAAUGCAUAUGGUGAAGAUGUGGGUUGGUGUUUUUGGUGUUCAGAAAUAUGUGCAUUUCUCAUCAGCCUUUUUAAGUCUGGAAUGUUUUUUUUUUUAUUUAUAUUUGAUGUGAUAAAUAUUUUAAAUGUACCUUUUGAUUUUUUUCCUCCACCUUGAGUCUAAUA